ACAGGCAUACAUCAUUUUCACGCUAACCUAUGGACAACGCUAUAUGUCAUGGAAAUACGAUAUGGUCCUUGUAUUCAGGUUCCGGGGUGCAAUACCAUCUAGUGUUGGGAUGAUAUAACGGGGAAAUCAGCCGACAGUUUCGCAGUAGUGCUGAAUAUGAGCAGAUGGGAUGGAAGACACUGCGCGCGCAACUGAAACAAUAGCGUCGCUGUAGUUUAAAGGACUAACAGGAUACCAUUGGGCAUUAUACAGUUUCUCGGACCGACUUUGGAAAUACAGUAUCAUUGUGGCACAUGGCAGUUCAUUGAUUUUGCUCAAGCAGCGAUGAAUACAAUAGUCUUUAGUAAGUUUGAUCACCUGCGCUUUGAGGAAAGCGAAAAAAGUGUGGAAAGGACCAGCAGGAACUAUUUAGAUGUGAUCGAUAGGCACAAUCCAGAUUUACUGUCAAGCCACAAAGUGAUGGAUGACACCGACGCUCACAAACACAGGAGGAAUGGUGGAGGGAAGGUGCGGCACAAACGUCAAGCCCUCCAGGAUAUGGCUCGACCCCUGAAGCAAUGGCUCUAUAAGCACAGGGACAACCCUUACCCCACCAAGACUGAGAAGAUACUGCUUGCUCUGGGCUCCCACAUGACCCUGGUUCAGGUCUCAAACUGGUUUGCAAAUGCAAGACGUAGGCUCAAGAAUACAGUGCGACAGCCUGACUUAAGCUGGGCUCUACGCAUAAAACUCUACAACAAAUAUGUCCAAGGCAACGCAGAGAGACUCAGCAUUAGCAGCGAUGACACAGUAUCAGACGAUGAAGAGAACACUUUACAGAUGCAGACCAGUGAAUCAAACUUUAAUAGACCCCCGCACAAGAGUGUCAUUCAGGACAGUAGGGGCAAAGGGGUGGGACGAAGUACAGUUUGUGAUGAUUACGUCUCUCCACCGAAAUACAAGAACAGCUUGCUGAACCGUUAUUUAAAUGAUUCCCUUCGGCACGUAAUGGCCUCUGAAAAAGUUCUGGACUCUCGGAAGAGGAACCACUCUGGAUCGUUUAGCUCCAACGAGUAUGAGGAAGAUCUUCUCUCGCCCUCAUCAUCAGAAGCUGAGGCAAACAUCACAUACCGUACAGUGACGUUGGACUGUGGCACACACCAGGGUGAGAGCGGUGCUCAUAAAGCUGGCAGAUGGGGAAAUAAUGAGACCUACUGGAAAGAGCUCCAUGCUGCCAUGGCCUUGACCAACCUGGCCCAAGGAAAGGAGAGUGCAGCUCCAGGCACCACCAGCUGUAUCAUCCAGAAAUCUUCCCAUAUAGCAGAGAUUAAGACUGUCAAAGUGCCCACACAACCCCGACAUUAGUGGUAAACAGACUGGACGGCGGUCUUAUAAACUGUAAUAGGACGUAAUUGUUAAAAGACUACCUGAACACUUGAGUAUGUAUGUACAUGCAAUAAUGACGUUGAAAACUACCCACAACAGCCUUUUUUGAGAGGAAAAAUAUAUGGGGAUUGACCAGUGUGCCUAUUUUUCUACCACUGUCUUGUGAAAAAUGACACAGUUUAGAUGGUUAUGAAAGUUUUUUUCUUUUUGUUUUUUUUUUUGUUUUUUUUUGGACUGUACCACUGAAAACAGAAGUACAGAAAUCUAAAGAAUUCUGAUUUGUACAGUCAUCAUUUCUGAAAUACACUUUUUGUCAGUGGCUGAAAUGUAAUAUAUUCAUUUAUGUAUUCAAUUUUUGUUAAAUUAUGUUAAUUUUAACAUUAUUUGACGGAGGAUUAUUGUCAUCCUUUGACAAUGCUAUAUAAACCUUGUUGGAUUCUUAUGUUUUUAAAAUACAGCUUAUAAAGGAACUUUCUUUCUAAUGUUUCAAAUAUUUUACCCCCGAGUGAACCUAAAUUUUUUGAUAACACUUUACAAUAAGGUUCAAUUCGUUAACAUUAGUUAAUGCAUUAGGUAUCAUGAACAAACAAUGAACUAUAUUUUUUACAACUUUUAUUAUUCUUUGUUAAUGUUAGUUAAUAAAAAUACAAUUGUUCAUUGUAAGUUGAUGUUAGUUCAUAGUACAUUAACUAAUGUUAACAUAUACAACUUUUGAUUAAAAAAAAUAUUACUAUAUUUUGAAAUUAACAUUAAGCAGGUUAAUAAAUGCUGUAAAAGUAUUGUUCAUUGUUAGUUCUGUUAACUAAUGUUAACAAAUGGAACCUUAUUUUAAAGUGUUACCCAUUUUUAUGUCAUUUCUUGUUGAAAUACACUUUUAAUUUCAUGUGGGCCAUUGUCUGUGAUUUUUAUCAUAUGUGCGAGUUAAGUGAGAGCAAAUAAAAGUUUUUGAA